AUGACUUUAAUAUUCCAUUCAGGUCUUUCAAAAGAUCUUGCUUUAAUAUUAAUUGAUGCCGAUAACUUCGAUGUCAAAAUUCAAGUUGGUGAAAAUCAAGAUACAAAAGAAUUUUAUGCUCAUUCAGUUAUUUUACGUGCACGCUCUCCAUAUUUCAAAAGUGCUCUUUCAUCUAAUUGGAUUACAAAAAAGAAUAAUAUGAUCACAUUUAAUAAACCAAAUAUCACUCCAAUUGUUUUUAACAUGAUCCUAAGUUACAUUUACACCGGAGAACUUAAUUUGUCACUGCAGUCAUGCGAAGAUAUUUUAAGACUGUUAAUUGCUUCUGAUGAACUAUUACUUGAAGAAUUAUUCAAGAAUGUUCAAGAAUACUUGCUUGAAAAAGAUCCAAGCUGGAUUCAACAAAAUUAUAUUUUCGUUCUUCAUACUGUGUUUAGGCUUUCUAAUUGCAAGAACCUGCAAGAUUAUUGUCUUGAAUCGAUCUGUGCCGAUCCAGAACCGUUUAUAACUUCGAAUAGCUUUCUAUUGCUUGAUAAAGAUAUACUUUUUGACUUGCUUAAAAGUGAGUUCCUUGAGAUUAAAGAAAUCGUUGCUUGGGAUUGUUUAAUUAAAUGGGGUAUUGAACAGACUCCUGAACUGGGAAGCAAGAAGAGUGAUUUAGUCACAUGGAAUCAAAAAGAUUUUGAAGCGUUGGAGAAAACAUUAAGUCAAUUCAUUCCGCUUAUUCGAUUUACGGAUAUUUCUAGCAUUGAUUUCUAUGAUAAAAUCCGCCCUUAUAAAGCCAUCAUUCCUCAUCAUAUUAAUGAAGAGAUUACUGAAUUCUAUUAUAAAAACACCUUUCCAAAACAAUCAAUUUUACCACCUCGCGUGAGUAAAUUAGAAUCAACCAUAAUCAAACCAAUGCUUGCACCAAUUAUAGCCAAUUGGAUCGAUAAAAAAGAUUCAACCAUUCUUGCAUUCAAUAAUCGGUAUAAGUUUAAGCUUAUUUAUUUAAAAAGUCGGGAUGGUUUUGAUCGUACGAUAUUUCAUGAAAAGUGUUCUGGACAAGGACCAUUUGUGACUUUGAUAAAAACUCAAUCGAAAAAGAUUUAUGGAGGCUAUAAUCCAAUUGGUUAUGCGAUGAGAAUCAAUCAAUGGUUAACAUCUUCUGAUAGUUUUAUCUUUUCUUUUGAAAAUAAUCAAGAUAUACAUAACAUGAAUCUUUAUAGAGUAAUUAAAGUGGGUAUGUCUAUACGGGAGAAUUACAGUGGUUCCUAUAUCAUUAAUUUUGGAAAUUGUUUAUAUACUAACGGAUCAAGUCUUGGUAUUAAUAAUUGUGGAAGUUAUAAUGAUAUAAAUAUUGACGGAAAUGUGAAUACAUCUGUCGAUGAAAUUGAAGUUUUUAGUGUAAUUAUGAAAUAA